AAGAAGAAGAAAACGAGGAAGCUCGUAAUGAAAACAUGUUGAAAAAAGCAAAUCACGGCUAAAACUUGUAUUUGUAUCCGCGUACCAGUGAUUUAAUCUGUCUGCGCAAUGUUGCCACGGUGAGUCGUGUUAAUUUAAAACGGGCAUUAGUCUGUUCUUCCCCGAAAGUUGCCUAAAAUGGAUGAAGUGAACUUUGUCUCUCUUGCUGUUGGGAGAUGUGUGGACGCCUGCUGCCUGCUGCUCGACCUGGUCGUCAGGACGUUCAGCUGGCUGCUGCGCUUCCUGUCCGGCGUGGCUGCUUCAUUCCACAACACGCUGGUCGCCCUGAGCGGCUCCACUUUGGUUGAAUACUCGGACUUUGCUCUUUUCUCCUUCCUCACCGCCACCGAGGCCGUCUCCGGUGCCGCCUGUGGAGUCUUGCAUGUUGUGGAGGGCUGGCUGCAGACUCUGGGAGGAGUGUUUGAGAGUUUUAAGAUGGUGGGACACCUCUCCUGUCACGUGGCGUGGCGCGUCAAGGACGUGCUGCACCGAGGGUUUAUCUCCGGGAGCUGCAUCCUGAGACAGACGUGCGAAGGUCUGUGCAUCGCGCUCAGCCUUGUCCUCUACUUUGUCAACACGGUGGUCAACAUCGUCCUCAUCAGCAUGCAGAACUGUCUGUCUGUGUUGGCGUGCGUCUGGGAGGUGGUGGCGGACCCCCUUCACAAAGUGGUGGAGCUGGCUCUGACUCUGCUGACCUUCUUGUACAGCUGUUUGGUCGGUGCGUCCGUGCUGCUGUGGACGCCCUGCCAGCUGCUGCUGGACUUCGUGGGAGCACUGGGUCGGGUCUUCAUCACUGUUUUCAUUGUUGACUCACACGGCCUGCUCAUCACAGCGGCCAUCAUCUCAGUGGCUCUGCUGUUACUGAAUCCCUGGCUUCCUGUCCUCGCCAGACGGCUGAGCCUCCGUUUGGUCAACACUCUGCCGGGCGCUCGUGGCGUUCACAUGAUAUUGGAACAAGCUCUGGCCAAUCAAGAGGUCCACACCAGGACGGCGCAGGAAGUGAGUAGAUCUGGGCUUUCACACACAGACACUUUAAUCACUGAGACUGAUGUGUUACCAGCAAAUGAGCUAAGCCAGCCAAACUCUCUGCAGUUCCACACUCAGCAGGACGGCGAGCUAGCGAGCGGCAGCAGGACUAAUACGUCCCUGCCAAACUCCGCUCAAGAGGAUGGCGGCAGCCCCCCGUCUGAUGGCGAGCUGCUCAACCUGCUGAAGGAGCAGGAGGAGAGGAAGAAGUGCGUAAUCUGUCAAGACUUCAGCAAAACGGUGCUGCUGCUGCCCUGCCGUCACCUCUGCCUCUGCCGGCACUGCGCCGACAUCCUGACCCAACGCAGACCCAGCCAGCAGCGCUGUUGUCCGCUCUGCCGGCAGCCCAUCACGCAGACCAUGGACGUCUUCCUCUGACAGGCGACGGAGCGGAGCAGUGGUGACGUAAACAAAAGGCCACAACUACAAACUGCACAACAGAAAGUGCCUGUUGCCGCUAUAGUUGCUUUUUCUGCUCUCUAAUCUUAACACUUCUCAAACUGAGCUGAAUCUGUAGAAUCAAGUAUCGCAAAGUGCCAACUAUUGGUCAGAUUCUUGGUGUUUACUUAUUCUUUGUUCCACGAUUUUCUAAUUUAAGUAAUUUAAACCUUUCAACCUUUUAAUGAACAAUAUUUCUGUUUAACCUUAAAACUUGCGAAAAAUAUAUCUUUAGAUAUUUGUCAUAUGUAAGUUUGCCAUCAGUGCUGAAAUGCCAAAACAAUAGAGAAGCUCUCAAAGGGGACCUGCUGUCCUCAUAUCCAGCUCUGUAUUUUUAUUCACAGCCUGACGCGCCUUACUCGCGGCUAAUCCAAAAAUGGGCAAAGAGGUGGAGCCGAGAAGGGCCGAAUGAAGUCUGGCUAGACUCUUGUCACUCAGAGCAGCCAUGCCUUUAAUUAUGCAGGACUUUGAUGAAUUUACUGUUUAUUAGAACACAUUUGAGACAAGGAUAUGGGCUGGUAGACGGUAGACGCUAGUGUUUCUGGGGAUCAGUGUAGGUACCAGACUUUAUUCAUUGACUUUGGUGAAACUGGCUCAUAUUUUUAUGAAGUCUCUAGAUGGACAGAUGGCUUUAAAGUAACCACUAACUGUAACGUUAGCGGCCGAUAGCUAGUAAACUCAGUUAGCCAUGAAGCUAGUGGCCCUAAUAGGCCUCUGCUUUACACCGUUUACACCGCUAUCGCUGGAGCUUUGGGCUAACGGGAGGAGGUUUUUAGAACCGGGCUCUGAGCUCCUACUUAAGGCAGAGUCGGCUAGCUAAUGGGACCUCUAGCUGCACCGCUAACUGAGAUAACUAGCUCACGACAGCUAACAUUAGCAGUAGUUAACUGUUUAUCAACAAGUGAUGCCAUCUGUCCAUCAGGAAAUUAACUUUCAUUCACCACCAAAACAACCAGCUUUCUGCAAGACAUACUGGACAACCUCCAAAAUGUUGAAGAGUAGUCCUGAGCAGAGUGGUCUCGUAUAAACAGACAUCUCCACACUUCGUUUUAGUGCUGGAGAAAGCGCUAUGAGCAGAGCAGUGGACUACUGAGACCGGAUGAACGGAUGUGGAUGGGCAGGUCCCUGUACUUCGUGGACAUGCUCUUGCUGGAGCCGAUUAUAAAGAGAUGACGUCAAAAAGGUUGGAAACCUGGAAUUCAGAGCAGUCUGAAGCCUGAGCUUUCAAGAAAUGAACUGAACUGAAAAUGAUUAUUAACACUGGAUUAUUACACUUGAGAAUGUGGGCCAAAGAUUGUACUUGUGUUAAAAUGUGUUCCUUUUUCUUUAUUUAUAUUCUGAAUAUUUAUUUAACAAAAACCUGAAAGUUGUCAAAUAUUUUGUAGACUGAAUAUCUGCACAAUUAUAAAAUUUCAAUUCUUAAGAUUUCCCACAAAUAGCAGAUGAUACCUUCAGAUUAGGAAUGAUAAUAAUUGAGUUUUCAAAUUUGGGCUUCAUUUGUUUCUCUUUUGUUGGUGCGAAAUCUUUAUGAAACUUAAGUUUAAAGUUUUACUUCAAAUCCAUAAAUGUCCUCCAGGUGAGUAUUAAAACCAGUAUUUUGUCACAAUGCGAUCUCAGAGAGGCGAUAAAUGGUAUUAUAUAAUAAUAAUAAUAACAACAAAAUAGUUGUAUUAUUUACUCUACUUCUGUUCGGUUACUGGAAAUUGUGUCUUGGUAUUUAUUCAGUUAUUUUCAAUAAACAUGCUUUGAAUACUUAA